ACAUUCGUGUGACUUCAGCACUUUGUAAAGUGUUCGGCACGUGAGCCGGGCUUUUCUUCUUUUCUCGACUUUUACCGGCCAUUUUUGGUAUCGAAGCUAAAGAUUACCAAAGAGGAUACAAUUCAUUUAAAUUCACUUUCUUCAUCAUCAUCACUUCGACAGCUCAUAAAGUGAUCAACAACUUUACACAAAAAUGAUUGUUACAGGCAGAUCAGCUGCCAAACAGGCGCUCAAAAAUGGUUUGGCAACGGCCGGAAGAAUACAUGGUACUUCUCAAAAUGUUGCAUCAUCCUCUAUCGCUUCCUCUUCCAGGUCAACUCAAGUAGUCCUUGCUCAUUCAUUUCACACCUCUCCUUCUCAAUCUUCACCAUCUGCAUCAUCCCCGCGAGACAUUGCACGAUCAUCAAACAGAAGGGCAACAUACGGAUCGGAAAGUUCGACCGUUCCACGAUUUAACGUUCGUAUGACACCAGCAGCGGCAAAAGAUACGCAAUCCGUACAAAGAUGGUUAUCAGAAGCAUUUCCUACUUUGACAUUACCAGAUGAUGUUGCUCUGCAAAUGAUCACGCAUGAAAGUUGGGAUCAGGGCGUAUUGGCAGGACACAAUCGAAGACUUGCAUUCUUGGGAAGGAGAGCGAUGAAGUUUUAUCUAAAUUUGUUUCUCGCUCAACAUCCGGGUAAUGAACAUCUUUUAAAGACUGAAAAGGUAGACACUCUGCUGCAAACAUCUAUCAUUGGAGAUUAUGUAGGAAGAGCACUAAAGUUGGGAGAAGUGAUGCGAUGGACUCCAGCAGUAAAUGAUGGACAAAAAGGUGCAAAAGAGACUGGUCUUUUCAAGAUCCGUGGUGUUACGGUGGAAGCGUUGGUGGGAGCUAUAUAUCAUCAACAUGGAGCACAAGCUGCCAAAAGCUUCUUUGCUUCACGUGUUUUACCCGAACUCAGAACGCUAUCAGAGGAAGAUCGGGAAAGGCUUAAGGAUGUUAUUGCAGCAGAAGGAGCCCAAGGGGAAGCAUACCUCCAAGCAAAGGCAGUUCCCACUGAAAGUGUUGCCGCAGACUCUGAAUUGACAUCGGACGCUCAUUCUACCACAACCUCAGCGACACCUACCAGACCGGCAAGAAGGCGAAGUGUAUCAGGAUCGGGAACUGCAUUCGCUUUAGAUGAAGAGACGUCGACAUCUGCUCGGGCUGAAGCACAUCGAACGGUAUAGAAUCUCGACCAAAACAAAAAGGAAGGCUUUUAUAGCCCAAAAGACAUAAUCAAGUAUAUUAUCACGCUUUGUCAGCAAUUGUAAUAAAUAGCAAUUUUUCCAGCAGCCACGAAAGAGAAGGGAGUAAAAAAUCUCAUUCCAUGAUGUGAAACUAUAUGCAGAUGCGAAGAGAGAACAGAGAGAAAGAGAGAAUUGUGAAGUCUAGUAUGAGUAUACAAAUUUACUGUAAGCGUCACCUUUGUGAGCUCUUGCUUCAGAUCCGGUAGCAUAUGUUCCACCUUCCAUUUCGCCAAAUCUGCGUCGUAAAGCGUUGAAUUUUCCAAAUAAUCCUGAUUGACGUUCUUUUUGCAUUUGUUCUUCUCGUGCAUCUUGAGCUUGU